AUGUCAACGCCUCUGCCUACCGGUUACGUCGGUAACCUCACAUCGGAGGAGGAAGCGAAGCUCAAGGAGUUUUGGACUGCUCUAUUCAAAUUAUUUGGCGUAGCGGACGCAGCAGAAGAGAAGCAACCAAUUUCGCCUACCACAACGGCCGAGACUCCGGCCUCGGACUCGAAGAAGCCGAAGCGCAAACUAGGACUCUUUAGUAAGAAGGAUGGUAGCGAGUCACCUCGCGCUGAGGAGAAUGGAACGAAAAACACCGACCCCGAUGACAAGUAUGGCCAGGCUAAAGAGUUCCAAAACGCAUUGGCUACUCACUCUCCAGAGGAGUUGAGAAUUGCGUUUUGGAGUAUGGUGAAGCAAGACCAUCCGGAUUCGUUGCUGCUCCGCUUCCUUCGUGCUCGGAAAUGGGACGUCAAUCGCGCCGUGAUUAUGUUGAUAUCUGCGCUACAUUGGAGGGCAAAUGCCAUCCAUCUCGACGACAAGAUUAUGAGCUCUGGAGACGCUGGUGCUCUUGAAGGCCUGAAGAGCAGCGACCCAGCGGUCAAAAAGGAAUCUGAGGAUUUCCUGAGCUUACUCCGAUUAGGCGAGAGUUUCAUUCAUGGCAAGGACAAAGCUGGCCGACCCGUCUGCUAUAUCAGAGUGAGGCUCCAUAAAGCUGGCACGCACUGCGAGUCGGCCCUGGAGAGGUACACGGUAUAUCUAAUUGAGACGUCAAGGCUGCUGUUGGAGAAGCCUGUAGAAACCGCUGCGCUUGUUUUUGAUAUGACCGACUUCUCGCUUGCAAAUAUGGAUUAUGCGCCUGUGAAAUUCAUGAUCAAGUGUUUUGAGGCCAAUUACCCCGAGAGUCUCGGUGUAAUUCUUGUCCAUAAAGCUCCUUGGGUAUUUUCGGGUAUUUGGACCAUCAUCAAAGGCUGGUUAGACCCGGUUGUCGCCUCCAAAGUCCAUUUUACGAAGACGUCUGAAGAGCUCGAGACUUAUAUUUCACGGAGCCAGCUUAUCAAGGAGAUUGGCGGCGAUAAUCCAUAUGCCUACAAAUACAUUGAACCAGAGACAGGCGAAAACACUAAACAGAAAGACGUAAAGUCAAUGAAUGAAACGAUUAGCAAAAGGUUCCAAUACGCUUCGGAGUUCCAACUUGCCACAAAGGCCUGGAUAACAACAGACCGCAGCUCUUUUGUUGCACAAAACUCCGAGCUUAUGAAAAAGCGAGACGAUUUGGCUUCACGAUUGUACGACAACUAUUGGCGUCUUGACCCGUUCAUUCGCGCACGAUCCUUAUAUGAUCGCCUCGGCGCCAUUCAAUCCAACCAAACCCCGAAGAAGGGUCUUCCAUCGCGGACAACCAGUGUCAGAACGCAUGUAUCUGAGAAGCCCAGCUUCGAAGUUAUUACCACAAGGCCAAUCCUUGUCGAUGGCAAUGGUGAUGAAGUGGACUAG